AUGGACAGAGAACGCUGCGAUACAGCCAGUGCCAUAUGUGCUUCCAACGUCUGUGGCUGCAACAACACUGAAAGGUUUAACAGCUCUGAGGGCUUUCUUUCAGAAGUAAAGAUCUCUUGCUCUGGAACUGCUUCAGCUGUUUAUCAGUACCUUAAAGAAAGCUGUAACUCAUCCAUAAAUGCAGAUGUGAACACGUUCCCAGCAUGUUCAGUGGCUGGUAUUACAGGUGUAAAGAAAUGGUAUUUUGCGAGUCAUGUUAUAUGUGGUUACUAUCAGUUCUGCAGUUCUGACUGGGAGGAAAUAAAUUUUGACACACAGAAAAAUGAAGACUCUCUCCAAACAAGUACUGACGAAUGCCUGGGAACCAUACAAAAUUUUGAGGAAGAUGAUAAUAACAGCAGAGACUCACUGUCUAUGACUGAUAUCUUUGAUGAAGCUGCAGAAAGUCUGCAUCAGUUAGCUGAUAAACUGCCUGCCCCAGGCAGAGCAAUUGUUGAUGUAAUACUGCAGGCUGUUGAACAAGAUGGACCCAAGCUAAAAGACUGCUUACCUGCUAUUGGUGCCCUGAAGCACCUGAGAGAAUGGCACUCUGCACAAAUCACUAUUGCAGCAAAUGACUCUAAAGGUAGCUGGCAAAAGAUUGCAGACUAUCUAUCAGCAGACUUUGUAUCUUCAGAUAAUGUAAUGAAUAUUAUUGAUAUAAAAGAACUCUGGAGAGGAAAGAUUCAGAUAUGGGAAAGAAAGUUUGGAUCAGAAGUUAGGUUUCCAGAAUUUUGUAUGAAGAGCACUUCAGCAAAGACAUUCAGCACUUCACCUUUAAGUUCUUUCUUCACUGUUAAAAAAGAACAACAACUGAAGAAUACCGAUGCUUUGCCAGAGGUUUUUCAUUACUAUGGUCCUGCGCUAGAAUUUUUACAGAUGGUGGUGCUCUCUGAUCUACCUUCCUUUUUUGUAUCGGAUCUGGAAUUUGAGCUGAGCCUGGCAAGAAAGAGUGUCAAGGAGGCAUCUACACUGCUUUUGGACCAAAUUUCUUCUCUCCCUGGGAAGGUGGGAGCUUUAUUUACAUUGCCAUGUAAUAUAAGCAGUGUAGUGAUCCCAUCCCCUGCCCAGCUGAGUACCAAGAAAUGGAAAGAAUAUAUGGCUAGGAAGCCCAAGGUCAUUACUGUUCCAGAAAUUGAACUAAAAGGAGAAUCUUGCCGAUAUUAUUUCUUGCUACAAGGCAAUGGCUCUGGAGGAUGUAAAGCAACCUUAAUUCAUUCAGCUAGCCAGAUCAAUGGUACGGCCACUUUUGCUGCAGUAAAUGGAAAGCUAAAGACAAAAGCAGAAGAAACAGAGUCAUUCUGUACAGGCUUUUGUACUGCUGACUUUCUCAAGUCUCUGCCACGUUUUUGUGGAGAAGAGAUUGUACAGAGAGAAAAGAAACUGUGUAGUCUCCAAGUAUUUGCCUUGAAGGAAUAUCUCAAAAGAAAGAAAUUGACCAAGCAACCUCCAGUUAUUUCUACUGAUGAGUUCAAAAACUUGUUAAAACUUACAAGGGAAUGUUUUCUGGACCUGUGCAACAAUAGUCUUCCUAAACCUGUUCUACAGAAGGUUACCAGUAAAACGAGGUCAUGCACUGUGACUUCUGAAUCUGAUUUAAUGGAACCAAAUCCAUUAGAGUGGCCGGAAAGAUGUGUUCUUCAGAAUUUGGAAAACUUUGAAAAAAACAAACAAAAACUGAGAGUUUCUAUGUUUGCACAUUCUUCUGAGCAAUUGCUGGGGCAUAAAGAUAGCCAGCGGGAGUCAUUGACUUUGCUUGAUGCUAAAGAAUUACUGAAAUAUUUCACACCAGAAGGACUACCAGUUGGUGACCUUCAGCCACUACAAAUUCCCAAACGUGAAAACGCAUUCCUUUUGACACCAGAGCUUACUCCUUGGAAACUCAGAGGUUUGCCUUUUGAAAAAGCAGCAGGAUGCUAUUAUCAUGGACUUGAGUAUUGCCUAGAUAACAGGAGAGCCUUAGAGAGAGACGUGGGAUAUGCUGAACUUCAAACUCGCCUUAUCCGCUAUGAAACUCAGACUACUUGCACCAAAGAGUGCUGCCCUGUACCAGUUGUCUUGAGCCCUCUCCCGUCUCCUGCAGUCUUGUCAGAGCCUGGAAGUGUCCCUGAUGGAGAGUCUUUACAAAGUGAAUUCAAAACAGAGGCAUCAAGGCUAAAACGCAGAUCAAAAGACUUGGAUUGCUUUUAUCCCAAGAAAAGGCUAACCAAAUCUGAGAGUACAGAUUCCCUCCUCUCUCAGGCAAGCGGAAGUAGUGGGAGUCACUAUACAGUUGCUGUGACGAGGAAGCGCUCUGAAAGAUCAGUUUCUUUAGCUUCAAUGCCAUUGAAACAGCCUGAUCAACCCCACAAAGUUACCACUAAGGUUGGCUCAGCAAGUUGCAUAAGUGCAACCGAGUCUGAGACUUCAAAGCCAGCUAAGGAAUCAAGAUCCCAGAAACAUACAAGGAUGCUGAAGGAAGUGGUUGCUGCGACUCUUCAAAAACAUGGAAUUGCAGAGGAUCACAAGUGCUUUGCCUCAUGCAGCCAGCGUCUUUUUGAGAUAUCAAAGUUCUACUUAAAGGAUCUUAAAACUUCUAGAGGGCUUCUUGAUGAAAUGAAGAAAACAGCAAAUAACAAUGCUAAACAGGUGAUUGAAUGGGUUUUGGAGAAGAGUAGUAAGUAGAGGUACUGAAUGGCUGCUAUUCACACCUUCCUAGAAACUGCAGAGACAGAGCUCUUAUGAACAUGCACACACUUAUCUACAGACCAGAAGGACUUUGGUCAGUGUAAUUGUAUAGACUCAAUUCUCAAGCACAUUAGCAUAUAUUGAAACUUUUUAUACUGAAAGUUUUUAAUUUUUUAAAAAUAUUGAAAUGAAAAAAGGUUUUAUUUUAUAUGCAUAUUUAUUAUGUUUCAUUGUUAAAAGGAAUAUAGCCUGACUUGGUUUGAUAAAGCUAUGUAUGUUUUUCAACCCAGAUAUUUGGUUUUUAUGCGAAUAAAAAACCCACCAGAUUUAAUUUUAAUAACAAAAGUAGUUAUUUUGCCCUUUUGUGCGAAGACUUCUAUUCUGCGUGUUACUAUUUGCUGUUGUAUAAAUAGCUGUUUACAGUGUAGACCAUUGACAUUUUAUAGAACAAUUCAGAACAGUUCCUAUUCUGCAGGUGAAAGCAAACAUAAUUAGAAUGGGUCACAAUUAUCUCUGUGUUGUAGUGUAAGAAAAAAAGACAAAGCAUGGCUUUUGAAAUUUGAUGCAAGGUCCCAUUAAAGAAGGGAUCAUUGUUUUACAAGCUGGAUUUCUGGUAUAUUUUCACGUGUACUCUUUGUAACAAUCCUUAGAACUCUGUUAUGAAUUGUCUCUGAGAUUUCUUUUCAUAGGGGAGGAGAAAAUGAAAGUGAUAGUAGUGAUGAUGAUUGAGAGAGCUGUGAAAAAGCUGGCCUACUGUGAUGAAAUGUAAUGGAAAGAAGAAUUUUUACCUGAGUUGCAAGCACAGUAAAAUACUAAAGUAGGCCCAAGACUGAUUAAGUCUCAAUCAUGUACUUGGUUUGUACUAGUGUAAUUAUUCAGGUUAGUAUUUUGUAGAGAUGAGGAUUUCCUACCAAAACAAAUAUAUUUUACAACUUUCAGUGCAAGGAUUUCCUAUUCUUCAUAUAAACCAACAUGAUUAAAAUUGAUCAGGAUGCAGUGUUAUUGUUUACUAUAUUCUCCUGGAAGGAAAAUGGAUUAAGCAAUAGUAAUAUAAACAGAAUGUAAGAUUAUGAAAAAGUAAUUGAACUAAACUAUGUGUAGGUUAGACUUAAUACUGUGAAAUCUACACAUUCUCUAAAGAGUCUUUGUGAUUUUUGUGACAUUUAUUCUUUGCUUAAUUCUAUUUCAUGUAAAGUCAAGCCCCAAGGAGGUUUUUCAUGUCUAACAGGAUCUAGCAUUUAACUCUUCUGCUCCUUUGUUCCAAUGUUUUAUUGUUCUCCUGAACUCUACAAGACUUUUUAUAUGUGGGUGUGUACUUGCUUAACUCUGAGGGUCAAUGUAAAGCUACGUAGCUGUUUCACCAUAACCCUAACCCUAACCUAGUGUAUGUACACAUCUAUGUUGGAGCAAGAUUACGUUUAUCUGUAAAAUGCCAUGCAUACACAGCAUCCAGGUUUAAUAACUUAAAGGGUUUUACUGAUUUGGUGAAAUAGAAACACAAUGAAGGUAGGUAAUUAAAAAAUUAUUUAAUAAGUUAAUGCAUGAAAUUUCUCCAAUGCAUUAAGUACUGUGUAUGGCUCACAUUUCUUUGUAUUCAAGACAGAAAUUGCUUCUUCAUGAUUGUAUGAAUACUAUUAGAACCAAACAUUUUAAAAUACAUAAACACGUAUAAUGUGUUAAAAUACUUUGCUGCUAAAACAAGAAAUUAAUCAAGGUAUUCAUCUUCCUUAACAUCCAAUAUUGAAUAAAGAAAGUCAAAAUCUACUUCCAAAUAUAGAGAGAAAAGCCUUAAAUUAUAAUCUUGUCUCUUCAGCCUGAAUGCUGACACUAUUGUCUAAAUACUAAAGCAAGCCACUGGAAGUUUCAUUUCGUACUUAAUUUGGGGGGUAUUUAUAUACUUGUAAUUAUAUUUUUAAAAGUAGCUAAAUUAUGUGUAAGUUGAUAAAAGUACAGAAACUACAUUUUGUAAAAUAUCUGUGGCUUGCUGCCAUGAGCAAAGAAAAUCUCUUUCAGGGAAGUAAUUUACAAUCUUUAACUGUUUUCCUUAAUGAAAAACUAUCUGUGUGUAUCUGUAGAAGGGCUUCUAUAAAAAGGUGGGGUUUAAAAUUAUUUUUUAUUAUUUUCUCAUUCCUCCCUUACCUCUCUAUGGUGUCCAUCUCUAUGGUGCCCUGGAUUUAGAUACUUAACUACCUUAUUUCAUAAGUAGAACCCAAUGGUUAUUGUUUUAAUUAAUUCUGUAGAUUCAAAGGCUGGCCUGAAAUAGUCAGAAGGAAAGCAGUUAGGGAAACAUAAACAUUUUGAUGUAUUGUUUGUUUGCGUGAUUCCCAGGGCUGAACUAAUACAGUGCUGCCCAUGUCUCGUUUGCACUUUGUUAUUAUGUUGGCGUUUUACUUUAGGGUAAGUGAUUGCUAGUUUAUUAUCAUGGCUUAAUAUCACUGCACUCAGUCUGAGCUGUGGUAAUUGUCAUUGCAUGCUCUUAAACUACAAAAAAGCAUACAAAAUAAUUUGACCUGGGCUAGUGUAAUAGUGCUAAACCAAAUUGUUACCUGUCAUAGUUCAAAAAGCCCACACUAAGAGCUCCCACAGCUCAGCUAACAUGUUGUAACUUAAGUCAUACAGAAUGUAAUGUCACUCUUUGUCUCUGACCUUCAAAUUAUUUUCUUUUUUGUGGCUGGUGAACUCAAAAUCCAAUCUGCCCUAUGCAUACUUUACUGAAGUAAAUGUAUUGGUGCUUGCUUUCAUUUUUUGCAAGUCAGGAUAUAAGUCAUAUUCACCAAUAUACAGUUAUGGUUAUCCUAUAAUCCACGUUAUGCAAGACUGGGGUAAGAAACACUGAUGUGGCUGUGGUUACUUGGUGAGAUGAUUAUUCUGGUAUUACAGCAAUUGCAUGAUGGCUAUCACUAGGCUGCAGCAGAACUUAACUUGUCUACAAAUGCUUUUUUCAAAAGUCACAAAUUCUCCAGUUCUCCCCUGCGAGUUGUUUUCUAAUGCCUCUAGCACAGAAAUUCUGAUGAAGAAAAUCAAGCUAAUCCUAUGUGAAAAAAGUUGCUGUUAAGUUCACAAGAGGUUUUAUCUUUAUUACUUAAAUAGUUAAUGUUUUUCCUGUCAUGCUUUUAAACUAGAUUUUGCCUUGGCUAAUCUAGGAGUUCACCUCUAUCCAGUAGGCUGAGUUUCUCAAAGUUUUGGUCGUGUGUUACCAAUACCUGUUCUUUAACAUCAAAGUCACCACAGAAUUCAAGAGUGUCCAGUUUAGAUGUAACUCCCACUUUAUAGUAACAGUAUAUACACUAAUAGUGUGUGCAUACAUGUAGUAAUAUAUACUAUAGUAAUAGUAUGUGUAUAUAUAUAGUAAAUAGGCCCAGUAAAUAGCUUGUUAUAUACCUGCCAGUUUGGCUCUUAUGAAAAACAAGAUAAGUUUAAAGAUCAGUGAUAGCCUAACAAUCUGGAGCACAGCAUCUGUUUAGGCUCCAAUUCUGCUUUGACUUCCAAUUAACUUUUAAACAUGGGUUAAGAGGACAUUGAGAAUCCUUGCAGAUGGAAAUCAGAUCAACCAGUACUUCAAAUCAGCUGAGCUUCUGAAUGGGAAGAGCUGGAUAGAACAUGCUGCUGUGUCCUGUGGGAAGAAGGAACACUCACCUUCCGCAGAAAGGGAAAACACUCGUUUUGUUAUUUGGAAAAGACUGAUUCUAACGAUGGUCAUGGUAGUGAUUUACUUGGUAGUGCAUAAAGAGUUGUGUUCUGAUUUAUAAAGUACCUCACAAGAGAUGCUAGUUCCACUUAAAGAGCAAAGCUGUUGGAAACAACAGGAUGCUUACCUGAACACCAUCAGUUCAUCUUUAUUUUUUUUUAACAAACACUUCGUAUCACAUUUUUCCAGUAACACAUAUGUUCCAAUAUGUAUCUGAGUCUUUCUAAUGGUGAAGCUGCUAUACAGACUUUCUGAUCAGACCAUUCAAUUUACAGUCAGUAUUUUGUGAAAAGAAUGAAACUCUAGUAUACCCCUUUUUAGGAUUUCCAUGAGGCUGGUCUGCCAUACCUUGGGUCAGACUGAAAGAACAGACUGCAGUUAGCUUUUUGAUUUGGGCCACUAUCUUAAGAAUUAAAGUAGAAGGGAAGAAAACUAGCGUGUGUUUUUUUUUUUUUUCUCUCUAAACUGUUCACAAGAACUAAGCAGGGCACAUGUUGGCAUCACUCCUUGAAUGCAGAAGCUUGAGCAGAAGUUGCUGUUCUGUUUUUUUAUGACUUUCAUAACUGCUCAGUUAAAUGUAAGCAACAGAGAAAGCAUCGUAACCAGCAGGUAAGCCUGAACGACUUGCCCAGAACAUCCUUUUGGGCUUUCAGUAAAUGCCAGACAGCAGAAAAAAUGCUGUGUACUUAUGCAUUCAGCCUGUCAUCAACAGCACCACUAUCACAUGAACACUGAGCUAGCUUGAUAGAAAGCACCAACACGCCAUUGACAGUGCAUUAGUACUUUUCUAAAAUUUUAUUUUAAAAGUCGUUCCGUCAAUAUGGUGAAUAGUUCUCUCAAGUAACUGAAGUCAUAACAGAAUGAGAGGUUUAAAAUGUAUUUUUCCCCAGCCCAAAACCAAAGGACAUCCUUCCAAACAGCUUGUUUGGGUACAAAGUAAGCUCACCUCACAAAAAUCCAAUAAAUGAUUUUAUUAAAUAUUUUUUUUCCUCUAAAAUAUAAAUAUUCACUAUACUCUUACAAAUGUGGAGUAGGUCUGUAUUUCAUUUGUCUAUCCCAUCCAAAUAUGAAUCAGUCCAAAAUCUGAAAAUGAAGAAAUAGCAUCUGUAAUUAUCAUUAUUUUUUCUAUAAAUAUAUAUAAUAGGAAUUUUCUUUGCAAACGGUUCAGUUAUUCACUUAUACUUCAUAUAGUACUGAGCACCUUAGAUUACAUAUUGUGUCAUUUAAUUGUUGGUACUAAUAUAGGAAUUUGUAAUAUUUACAAUGCACAUACUUGUUAAGUAUAACAUUCCAGUGAUUUGUAAGUGUUAAAGGAAUAAGGAAAUAGUGCAGUAUAGUUUACACAUGUAUUUAACCUACCCCACAGUAUGCAAGUUUUCACUUUAACCUCGGGAACUUUUAUAGGAGCCUGCGUCCAGAUUUUUAAGUUACACUUUGGAACAGCAAUGCGAGUGUCCUGAAUCACUUUUCAGAAACUUCACACAAUGGUUUACUUGAUGAUGUGAUGUGAGUUCAAAGACCCAGUCCCCCAGUGUACCGAUGGCUCUCAGCUUCUCCUAGAAGUUCCAAGCCAAAGGAGACGCAGGCAACUGCCACAGAAUGUUAUGUGAAUGGCAGCAGUCACUAAAAGAGAAAUGUCCAUUUGGAAAUUAUUGUAAGUUAUGUAACCUGCUAUCUCCUACCUUGUGAAUUUACACGAGGAAUUAAUUUUUAAGUGCAAGUACCAUGACAGUAAAAACAAAGUUCACAGCUAGGUGAAUCCUCUCCCAGGCUUGCUUUUGACUGGUGGGAGGUGCUGGGAGUGAGGCUGCUCUUCCAAAUGGCAAUUUAGCUAUUGUUUUUCAAUAAUAAUUUUCAAUAUUUGCAAAUUCAGCACAUCAUCUUAGUUUUUUAAUUGGUUUCAAUAAGAUAUUUAUGGAAACCACCACAAACUAAUUCUGUGAAUAAACAGCAUGACUUAAGCUCAACACUCAAGACAGCUUAAAAACAACGUGGAACCCAACUGUGUUUUUAAUUUUCCUCUUUGCCAGCUCAGUCACAUUAAGUUGAAAUGUGUGCUUUCUCAAGAAUAAAAGGAAGCCUUGAGUAUGACAAGCAAACUUCUACAAACUUUGGAUUUAUUACUUUCUGUACAGUUCCUGUCCUUCAAAGUGUGUCUUAUUUUAGGGCAAAACUCUAAAAGCAAACAAAAAACCACCCCUCUAUGAAGCAGCUGUUUACAAAGUAAGGGCAACAUAAAUGCCAUCCAUGUUCUGCUUCCUUCUGUUCCCACCCAACCACAUUAAGCCAAUUUAGCAGUUCCAGGUGUGUGUAUGAGCCCUGACAAGGACGGUCAGCAUUCCUGCCUGUGGCCUGCUUUGUGCCCAAUGUAACUGUUAGCAAGGCCAAAACUCAGUGAUCCAAAUGUUUUGACUUGAAACUGUCAUCUGUGGUGCAAAACAGGAACUAGUAAGUUAUGGGUACAGAGGUGAACAUCUUAUGUUUCACCAGCAAGGAAUAAAUCUGGAUUUGCCAAGUCAUGCUCACAGGAGCAGUUUCUUCCCUAUUAAGGCUUUUCUGGCAGUGCAGCUCAUGUUCCUGCCCCGGUGUUUCCUCACUGUUGUGGAGCUGCUUGAGUAACUUAGAAAACU